AUGGCAGCCUUUUGGUCCAAAUUCCUCUAUUCUCAGUUCCUCGUCACACCCCCGCGUCCGGAGCAAGACUGCACCGGCAAGACCAUCAUCGUCACAGGCGCGAAUGUCGGCCUGGGCAAGGAAGCUGCACGGCACUUCACUCGACUCAACGUAAAGAAGCUCAUCAUUGCCUGCCGCUCCCUCGAGAAAGGAGAAGCAGCAAAGCGCGACAUUGAAGCCAGCGAAGGCCGCAAAGGCGUCAUUGAAGUCUGGCAACUCGACCUGUCGUCGUACGAGAGCGUCAAGGAUUUUGCCAAGCGAGCACAAGGCCUCGAGCGAAUUGACACGGUCGUCGAGAAUGCAGGAAUUGCUACCAGCAACUACCAGUCGGUAGCCGGCAACGAAUCGACCAUCACCGUGAACGUCGUCAGCACAUUCUUACUCGCACUGUUACUCUUGCCGAAACUGCAACAAUCGAGCAACAAGUUCAACAUCCGCCCCACGCUGACCAUUGUGUCAUCCGAAGUCCACUUCUUCACGAGCUUUCCCGAAAAAUCCAGCAGUGACAUUUUCGCCACGCUGAAUGCCAAGGAAACGGCGCGCAUGCAGGAUCGGUACAAUGUCAGCAAACUCCUCGAAGUGCUGACCUGUCGCGAAAUUGCUCGACUACAUCCGGGCAGUCUGGGGAAUGUGACGUUGAAUUUCGUCAAUCCGGGCUGGUGCCAUUCCGAGUUGAUGCGCGAGAUGAUGAAUCCCAUUCUCCAGCUGGUCAAGUUGAUCAUGUGCCGGACGACGGAAGUGGGCUCGAGGACGCUCGUCAAUGCGGGACUGAGCAGUGAGGAGACACAUGGAAAGUAUAUGAGUGAUUGCCACAUUGCUGAAUGUUCGCCUUUGGUGACGGGUCCCGAAGGCCCCGAGUUGCAGAGGAGAGUGUGGGCUGAGCUGAGCCAGAAGCUGGAGGCCAUUGAGCCAGGUGUGACGGGAAACUUGAAUGUUUAA